AUGGAAGAGACAGUAGAAGAUCCCCCCACAUCAGCUGUCUUGCUGGACCACUGUCAUUUCUCUCAGGUCAUCUUUAACAGUGUGGAGAAGUUCUACAUCCCUGGGGGGGACAUCACGUGCUAUUACACCCUCACGCAACAUUUCAUUCCCCGUCGAAAGGAUUGGAUUGGCAUCUUUAGAGUUGGAUGGAAGACAACCCACGAGUACUACACCUUCAUGUGGGUUACUUUGCCCGUCGACCUAAACAGUGAAUCAGCCAAACAGCAGGAAGUCCAGUUCAAAGCUUAUUACCUGCCCAAGGAUGACGAGUAUUACCAGUUCUGCUAUGUGGAUCAGGAUGGUGUGGUCCGGGGAGCAAGUAUCCCUUUCCAGUUCCGUCCAGAAAAUGAAGAGGACAUCCUGGUUGUUACCACUCAGGGUGAGGUGGAAGAAAUUGAGCAGCACAACAAGGAGCUUUGCAAAGAAAACCGGGAGCUGAAGGACAGCUGUGUCAGCCUCCAGAAGCAAAACUCAGACAUGCAGGCCACGCUCCAAAAGAAGCAGGAGGAGCUGGAAACCCUGAAAAGCAUCAAUAAGAAGUUGGAACAGACAAUGAAAGAACAGAAGGACUGUUGGGAGAUGGAGCUGCUUCAACUGAAAGAACAAAACCAGAAGAUGUCCUCAGAAAAUGAGAAGAUGGGAGUCAGGGUGGAUCAGCUUCAGGCUCAGCUGUCAAAUCAAGGGAAAGAAAUGGAGAAGCUUGUUCAGGGAGUUCAAGAUAAGACGGAGCAGCUGGAGCACCUGCAAGAGGAAAAUGGCCAGCUCUUUCUCAGUUUAACUGAGCAGAGGGAGCACCAGAAGAAGCUCGAGUAG